AGUGAGGGAUAGAGAGAGGAAGAGAGAGAGAAGUGCAUGCCAGAGUAGUGAGGCCAGUUCUUUAGCUGGGCGGGACCACAAGCGUGAAAGACAGGAAAUGUGGAAACGUUGUCAGUCGUCGUCUGGGCCGGCUUUCUCAACGGGGUGUGGACCGUCGUCGUGGUGCUCACACUCUUCCCCUCUUCAUUUUGAAACCCAGUGUGUGUGUGUGUGUGUGUGUGUGUUUGUGUUGCCGUUUACUCAUCAACCACAAGGACCUGAACCCUCGUACCGUUGAACUGGCCCCACACCUGAUGAGGGAAGAUGUUGGCUAUGGACCAAGGCGUGGUGGAAGAAUGGCUGUCAGAGUAUAAGAGUCUUCCGGAGUCGGCCGUCUCCAGCUACGCCGCCUCGCUCAAGGAGAAGGGCUCGCUGGUGCCUGCCCUCUACAAGGUCAUCCGCGAGAACUACAGCGAUUGUCUGGAGCCCGUGUGUCACCAGCUGUUUGAGUUCUACCGUAGCGGUGAGCCUCGUCUCCAGCGCUUCACGCUGCAGUUCCUGCCCGAGCUGCUCUGGAGCUACCUGUCCGUCACCGCCGGACGAGACCCGCACUGCUCCGGCUGCAUCGAGGCCCUGCUGCUCGGCAUCUACAACCUGGAAAUAGUGGACAAGGACGGCCAGAGCAAAGUGUUAACGUUCACUGUCCCUUCUCUCUCUAAACCGUCAGUAUACCAUGAGCCCUCCACGAUUGGCUCUUUGGCCUUAACAGAAGGUGCAUUAGCCAACCACGGACUGAGUAGGGUUGUUUACAGUGGACCCUAUCUUCAGAGAGAAACGUUUACAGCACAGAACAGGUUUGAGGUGCUGACGUUCCUGCUCCUGUGUUAUAAUGCUGCUCUCAGCUACAUGUCCACCACCUCGUUGCAGUCCCUCUGCCAGCUCAGCUCACGGGUCUGCAUCUGCGGGUAUCCACGGCAACAGCUGCGACGGUACAAAGGCAUCAACACACGGAUGAUGGUGACCUCCGAAUUCCUGGUGCAGCUCAUCACGGGCAUCCAUUUUGCCCUGUAUAACGGGGAGUCGGACGUGGGGUCCAAAGCACUGGACGAUGUACUGUACCGGGCCCAGCUAGAACUUUAUCCUGAAGCAUUACUGGUGGGCCACGCCAUCAAGUCGACCAUGACGGGCGCCGCGCUCAAGUCCAGCAAGGAGGGCAUGCGCAGCAUCCAGGUGGAGAUCACGCCGACCGCUCCGCGCAUCUCCCGCAACGCCGUCACCAGCCUGUCCAUCCGCGGGCACCGCUGGAAGAGACACGAGACUGAGGAGAACAAUGUAGAUGGCGGGGCGGAGCUGAGUCCAUCCGGCCCCAUCCCUGAGAUCAGCAUCACGGGGGUGGGGGGUGAGCGCGUGGCCGGCGCCGGCGGCGGCAUGGGGGUGGCCAACGGCGAGGCCCUGCGGAGCCGCUCGGAGGGAGAGGCGCUGGGGGGCACGGCCGAGGUGGGCGUCGACCUGCGGGGUCAGCCCGGGGUCAGGCGGCAGAAGUCUGUGCGGAGGCACCUGGAGGAUGGUGGGGGGGGGGGGGACGCCCUCGGGGAGGGUCCACUUCUAAAAGGGCUCCCCCUCCCCUCACCCCCCCCCCCCCCUCCCCUCAGGAUGGCACAGCCCAGCCGAGCGCGCACCCUGCCCAGCCCUGCCCGGUCCUCUCCCCUCUGCCUUCCUGCCUACCUGUCUCCGCACAGCCUUCCACCAGCAAGCACUACCCCCAGCCCUCUUCCCUCGGAGAGCCCAGAGGUACAGUGUGAGUGUGGGGAGCGAGCCAGCCCGCCCGCGCGACCAACCAACCAACCAGCAACCUCUUGCGUUUACCUGCGUUACCACGACCUCUUGACCUCUUGCACCCCAGUACUCACUUUCCACAAGGGCAGCGCGGUGGUGCUGACCGGGGCGCACAGCAAAGCACUCCUGGAGUCAUCGAGUUACCGAAAAAAAACACAAAAAAAAUCAAAACUUUUCUUCCACCACCAUCUGCCUUCUUGUUCAUUCAGAUUUAAAUAGUUCUGUAGUUAAUUUAAUUUAAUAGUUAAAUAGUUUUAAGUAGUUUAAAUAGCUAGGUCAUUUUUGUUUUUGCGAACUAAUUUUUUAAAUCAACAAUCAAAGUCAAAAAUUAACUUGGCAUGUGUUUUUGGCUUUACUUCAGAUGUAGCCGAUUGCCCAAUAGAUGUUUCUGUAAUUGGGUAAAGCUAAGCUUCUGCAUAAUUUGGGUCCUGUACGCUCUUGCUAAAGGUUCUUGUCUUUAUAGCUGCAGUGCAAAGCUUAAGACGCCAUGUUUGGCUAGUCAAGCAGGAUUGGCUAAUAGACUGAACUUGAAGAUCAACACUGCAUGACACAUUCGUUGUUGCAGAACUCCACAUUUGCGUUUACUUUUGCAAACAUCUCAGAACCACGCAAAACAUGUUUUGCAAACUUGGUAGAGAUGACGUUUCCUACAGAACAAGACAAUGUCCUGUCAUACGGUCAGAGUCCAGGGGUGCCUGUGUGUGUGUCUCAGGGUGCCCUCUCAACUGCAUGUCCUUGAGAAAACUUUUCCUGAAUAUUACGCCACAAUUCCUUUCUAACUUGCUCCUCUCUUCUAAUGUCAUUUCCGCACUUCGUCCCUGUUUCUCGACAAAAGCUUCUUUUUAAUUGCUAUUUGCCACACAUUCGAACUUCACAGCCUGCUAAGCUCUGCGGAGAUGUGUGUGUGUGUGUGUGUGUGUGCUGUGUGAGCUCUAACCUCCACUCUUUUCUCUCUUUAUCUCUCUUACACAUACACACACACACACACACACACACACACACUCAAAAAAUACUCAUACUCUUACAUAACACAAGGUCUCUAUUAGAAAGCUCUGCCCUUUCGAUUACGUUCUUUUCAGCCUGCUUGAAUUGCAGAGUUCUCCACGCUCUCGCCCUCUACCACUAACACUGUGUAACUUCUGGGCUGCCAUUUGGAGCAGACUUCUGUGCUGAUUAGCUAGAAAGGGCCCACCGGCACCUCUUUGGCUCUUUUGUUGAGGGUAAUUGGAUGGGCCCCCAUUUUGAAUGUGUGGCCUCAAAGUCCCGUUAAUUCAGGAAAUUCCUUGAAGGUCACAUCCGACAUAUCCAAAAUAUCUGAAAGUACCCUGAGACGAAGACACGCUGAAAAGAACUGCCGGUCAGCCCAUAAUAUGCAGUGCUUAGUAACGUCUCUCAGAUUAAGAUGCUUCUGGUAUUUUGUGCCUGAGAUACAGUGCUUUCGAUUGGUGUGUGGCUUAAGAUAUUAUGCUUUUGGUCUUGUGGCUGAGAUAUCAUUAUACUAAUGGCGUCGACAUCCUUCCUCUCUCCCUUGGUGUUGUGGAAUUCCUGUUGCUGCCUGUAGGGGGAGACAGUGACUUAUAUGUCCUAAGUUCAGAGCUUUGAGGGGUGUAUUAAUGCUACCCAUCCAUCAGAAGACUUGACAAAAUUUGGGAAAUAUUCUUGAAAUAUUGGGGUCUUUUAACUAAAGCCCCUCAUUCAAGCUUUAAAAGACUACAGCAAAAGCAAAAGACUACAAUCUUUCAAGAAUCUUUCCCAAAUCUUGUCAAAGGUGUUAGGAGGGCUUAAGUAAUACAGUUCAGCUAUUUACAUGUAAUGCUCAAUGUGUGUGAAUGUAAUAUUGCAUUUGAUAGAAAAAUACUAGAUAUACGAUAAGGUCUUGGGAGUAUUUUGGGAUGUACUUAAGUGAAGUGAAGUAUGGAAUGAGUAUUUGAUAAAUGUCAUAAAUGUACACAUAAAGCUCCAAUGUGUGUAUGAACGCAGAAUAUAUAUAGAAUAUAGAAUGCAGAGAGAAUAUAAUAGAAACAUGCUAGACUCUGUGGGCAUUUAUUUUUGUUAAUUUACACUACACUUCUAUUUAAGUGGGUGUAAUAUUAGUCUAUUCUAUUAAUAGAAUUGUAAUUCUUAAAGGCAGUAGAAAUGUUAGUGUGAGAGCGCCACUUAGACCCUACUUGACUAUAUGUCCGCCCCCCCACAGACGCAGUGGA